AUGGCGGGGCCAGGGCGAUGCCCUCGACGGAAAUCACGUGGUGCAUCUCUGGGUGACUUCGUGCUUCAUGAGGUCCCACACCCCAGUGCGGCUAGUUCCGGAAGCAGCCCUCCACAGGACAACACGACCGACACGUCCCCCGCCCUUCCCACCAUGGUUGAAACAUCGCCCGACGGACGAUUUCGCUACGUGAAGGGAGGAAGUCGAGGCGCUGCGGGGACGGCCUACGACACGGAAAACGGACUGCUUGUUGGCUGGAACGAGUUGAAUUUAAGAGAGUUGCCGCCCGAUGAGAGGAGUUCGAUGAAGAGAACCAUCGACCUUCUACAGGGAUUGAAGCACGACCACGUCCUGGGGGUGCGGCGCUACUGGGAGGCGUCGCGAGCCGGCCCGGCCGAACGACAGUCCCGCGCGCUGCCUUGGCAGUCGGGGGAGACCUCGGCCGGGGAGGGGGAGCGCGUGGUCUUCCUGACCACCCCGUGUACAACGCUGGAGGCCUUCGUGGACACCAAGGUGGAGUUCCUUCGAUGGCGCGUGGUGAAGCGAUGGAGCCGGCAGAUUUUGGAGGCGUUGUUGUUCCUUCACGAUCAGUCCCCGCCCGUGGUACACAACACGAUCUACAUCGACCCUUCCAAGAACCACCUGUUCGUGGGCGGUGUCUGUGAUAUCGCCGCACCCCCUCCCGCAACGCGAUCCAACGGGAUGCUCAGCAGCAGCGAGAGCGGUGGUGGUGGUGGUGGUGGCCCGAUGAACUGGGGAAACAAGGCGUGGGGUUUGGUGUCCGGGGGCGGCAUGAACUGCGGCCUCCACAGCGCCGCCGCCGAACACCACAACCACCACCGCCACGUCGGGAAGGAGAGCGACGACCAGUCCGCCGCACCGGAGGAAGAGGAGGAGGAGGUGGAGGAGGAGGAGGAAGAGGAUGGCAGAGCGAGAGACGUUCGAGGUUUCGGCACGGUGGUGAUCGAAAUGAUCCUGAAGGGGAGGUUGGACCCGGCCCUAGCGGAGGACGAGCGGUUCCUGGAGAUGCUCUCGGUCUUCUCGGGCUGGCCGGAGUCGGUGGUAGACCUGCUCCGAUCGUGUCGCGCGCCUAUCAACGAGCCGAGUCUCAUCAAGCGCUACAACUUCCAGAGGCCAUCGGCGGAGCAACUCCUGCGGCACCCGUUUUUGGAGCUGGGGAAUGACCUCGACGACGAGGCCGUGUACGGGGACCCCACUCUCGUCGCCGCCGCCUUCGCCGCCGUUCACGGCCACGGAGGCUUCGCGCACCAGCUCCUCCCCGGUGCUUCCCUGCCUGUCCCCCUCUGCCCCGCUCGCUGCGGCGGCGGCGGCGGCACGACGUGCAGCAACACGCCGACCAGCAGCACCGACUUCGCGGCGUGGUCGUCGUGCGGCGGGGGCGGGGCGGGGCAUGGGCACCACACCCCAUCGUGCGUGUCCACGGAGUCCCCCUCGCCAUCGUCGCCGUCCGCGGCGCCUUCUUUCGGCGGGGUACCGACCGUGCCGUCGUCGCCCGCCAUGGCGGCGGCGGUGGCGAUGUCGGCGGCGGUGGGCCCGUUCGCGUCCCAGGGCGGGCUUGGACCCUACACCAACGGCGGCGGUGGCGGCGGCAGCGGCUACGAGGACUUCUCGUCGCUCCUGCCGGCCGGGGUGACUCCGACGGCGUACGCGAAUGCCAAGGCGAUCGCCGCAAGGAUGCAGCACGCGGCCCACCCUUACUCGAACGGCGCCGGCGCCGCCCCGUUUCAUCACCCCACGAACGUAUAUGACGACGAUGGCCAGGGCGAAGAACGCGUCGGCCGGAACCGAUCGGCCUCGGCCGGGGAGGGCAUGCGCAGCGGCGGCAGCCGGAGCGAGGACACCGGGAUCGGUGGGUAUGGCUUCGGGGUUUCUCAGCGCGAGGAGGGGGGCGGAGGGUCCGCAGCGGCGGCGGGCCGGCCGCGGUCUGCGUCGGAAGACGCGGUGUGGGACAUGCUGCCCUCCGAUGAGUCCCAGUGCCGCCGGCCGUUUUCCGUGAGCGCCGUGGAAGGGCGGCACGGGUACUGA